AUGAAAUGGCGCCAAGCCGAUGUCCAUAUAAAUAAUUUAUACAAUACUACAUUUUGGACUUUAGUCCAAGAAGGCAAGCUGAGUCCGGCUCAGGCAGAGCAAAGAUUAUGUGGCACAGUGUCGGGCGAUAAAAAUGAAAUAUUGUUUAAAGAAUUUAAAAUUAAUUAUAAUAAUGAACCAGAAAUAUUUAAAAGGGUUGGAAGUCUCGACCGGCGUGAUAAUGCCCUCGCGUUCCAGGCGUUCUGGCUCUCGGGCCACCACCUUAUGCAUUGCGUAAGCCAGCGACCGUGCGCGCCUGAACACAGGUUGCGCAUCGCAGGCUCACCAGUUAAACGACCGAUACUGUCAGCAAAAACUUCAGAAUAUCUGGAA